AUGGCGGACCGAGACUACGACGACAGCAACGAGUCCUUGGACCCAGAGUUUCUGUACACAAAAGAGUUUUGCAUCGGAGGUGGCAGCUUUGGCAAGGUGUACAAAGGUCUCGCCCGAGUCUAUACUGACGCUGGCGCAAGUGUCGAGAAGAGGAGCGGCCAGGCUGUGGCCAUUAAGAUCAUCGACAUUGAGAGCGCCGAAGACGAGGUCGAGGACAUCAUACAAGAGAUAGCUAUCCUCUCCGAGCUGCAAUCGCCCUAUGUUACCAAGUAUUACGGAUCGUAUGCCAAAGGCGCCGAGUUAUGGAUUGUCAUGGAGUUCUGCUCCGGUGGGAGCUGUGCCGACUUGAUGAAGCCGGGCAUGAUUGGGGAGGACUACAUCGCCAUCAUCAUACGGGAGCUGCUCUUGGGCCUGGAAUAUUUGCACACGGACAAGAAACUACACCGAGACGUCAAGGCUGCCAAUGUUUUGUUGGGAUCCAACGGGCAGGUCAAGCUGGCUGACUUUGGAGUCUCCGGACAGUUGUCCGCAACCAUGACCAAGAAGAACACCUUCGUCGGUACGCCAUUCUGGAUGGCGCCAGAGGUCAUUAAGCAGUCUGGCUACGACCACAAAGCAGAUAUUUGGUCCUUGGGCAUCACCGCGCUCGAGCUUGCCAACGGGGAGCCACCAUACGCUGAUAUUCAUCCCAUGAAGGUGCUAUUUCUCAUCCCGAAGAACCCCCCGCCGAGGCUAGAGGGUAACUUCACCAAGGCAUUCAAGGACUUCGUCGAGCUUUGCCUGCAAAGAGAUCCGAAGGAGAGACCCUCUGCGAAAGACUUGCUGAAGCAUCCCUUUAUCCGGAGAGCCAAAAAGACGACUUAUUUGACUGAGCUGAUCGAGCGCCACAGCCGCUGGAGGGCUACGCACAAAAUGGACGACGAUGAUUUGCUUGACGGCGGCGAGGAUGUACGGGAAAGACAGCCAGUGAAUGAAGAUAUGUGGGACUUUGGCACUGUGCGGCUGGUGGGAGACCGUGGAGGCGUGGUUAAUCGUCCUGGUCUCAACCAAAUGGAUGAUUCCGCGAGAAACACUCGGGCAUCGCGGCCUCUGGAGAGCGACUAUGGCGAGAAGCCCCGCAUGAACUCGCCAACCAAGGUGCAAGACUUUGCGACUUCGUCUGUUUCUAGCACUUUGAAGCCGGCAAAUUUGGGGAACUCGCGCCAAAGCUCGCCACAGCGAAAGCCUGUCCCGGGGGUCACGCCUUCGUCCCCGACAAAGGUGCCUCUGCCCACGUCACCGCAGAAGCAGCAGUACCAAGAUCAGCAGAGCACCCCGCGGCCUUUGUCAAAGCAAGUGCACCCCGUGCCACCACCCAUGGGUUCCCCGGAUUAUGACAGGGCCUUGCAGGAGCAGCUGCAGCGUGACUUAACCCACCUCAACAUUGCUCCACCACCGCAACCUCAGUUUAGGAGCCCACAGCCAUCCCUUACCCCCAGGACUGCUCAAUCGCAAGCACAACAGCAGCACCAUCAGCAACGAGUCCCAUCUAGUAGGGUCGGAUCGUUCAACUUGCCUGAGAUUCCUCCGUACCGGGGUGUCCCACCGCCGGCCCCUGCUUUACAGAGGGUUACAAAUCAGCAAUCUGCGCCUCAGUCACCCCAGGCGUUCGCAUCUAAGGCCCAGCCUAAACAGCUGCCAGCGGCGCCCGAAUCCUUCCCUUCGCCAGCCCCAGCCAACCCGAAUGGUGAGCUUGACGCACUGAAUGACGUCAUCUUCCCAGCAUUGGAAGAAGCCUUGAAGCGACGGCAGAUUAGACUACAGCAGAUCUACCGCAAUGACCAGGUUGUGACACCACAACGGCAAAGGGCUGAGGCAGCUCACGACAAGAUUCGCAAGCAUGUUUACAAGCUUGCCAAUAUCUGCAAAGAGAUCGACCGACUUGAUAAGAGCGAGCCUGUAGGCAUGGGUAAGGACGUGGGCACAUUUUUGGAAGGGCUACUAGAGGAGAUCCUGGUCAGAGUAGAGCCCUUGGAUGAGGAAGAGGGGCAUGAAUAA